AUGAUUGAUCAGAUUGUACAAGCACACAACACAGAUAUAAAGGAGAUAUGGGACAUUAAAACGCUCCUAUUACAACUUCCAAGAUUAAGAGCCGUUAUAGAUUUGACGAAUACAAAUCGCUACUAUGAUCCUCAGGAAUUGAAGUCUGCGGGUGUUCUGCAUAAGAAAAUAUUAAUGCCAGGUCGCAUAAUUCCGCCCGAGGACAAAGUGACCGACGUCGUUUUGGCGCCAUUCGUAGGUCAUGUUAUAAAUCUCAGCGGUUGCGUGGGCGGUGGGCUUCGAGAUCGUACCAUAGUGCAACAUACGUUGGAUUCAAUUGAACCCGGUCACAUCGGGUUUAAGACAUCCGCCCACAUUCGGAAUUUGAAUGGUAUUUGUUGCCGCUCAGGUGUCUCUACAGAUGUCUCCACUGUAACAAGAACAAACAUUUCAUUAUUGAUGCUUUAA